AUGGAGCACCAGCUUCAUUUCCCCUUAGACGAGGAAGCGAUCCGGGCGGCCCGCGCCUCCUGGCAGUACAAGGGAUCACGCUACCAGCGCCGUUCGCGCGCCGAAUCCGGGAAGCGCACGGCGCGCUGCGGCGCCGAGCGCGAGGCGAAUGUGCGAGGGAAUAAGUCAAGCCAGAGCCGCAGUCGAUCCGCCGCCGGCUCGUCCACCAGCACCGACUCGUCGAGCACGCAGCGCAAAAAAGUGAAACUCCCGCUCCCUCCGCUCCCUCCCGCCGAGCCGCACGUCUGCGCCCGGCUCAAGGUCUACGAUGUCGUCGCGAAUGUUAAGAUGACGGUGGCGGUACGAUACGUGGGAGCUGCUGCCGUGCCCCAGAAGCACGCCUGCCUGCGCCUCGCG